AUGAUCGCAGCCCCUGACAUUCAACUCGUUCGCCGUGAGGUUACGACGGUAGCAUCGCGAUCUCCGAGGUGCAUGGUUGUGUAUCCACUUGGAAAGAAGAGCAGGCAGCGAAUAGGGGUUGCGGAUAAAAAUGGCAUCAUGUCCGUCUUUUCACUGCGAAAGGCGAUGGAGCGCGUGGCGGUCUUUGAAACCCCACCUCAGAACAGGCCUGUGAGCUGCGCGACUAUCUAUGAGGACCAACUAUUUUUUGUUCAUGGCAGCACGCUCGAGGCGUACUCGCGGAAGGGUAGGCGCUUUUUCUCGUUUGACACCAACGUGACGGAUGUCAUCCACACCCUUUUUGUUUCCACUCCAUUCAUUAUUUGCUGCGGCAACUUUAUGGCGACUGGGUUUAGGGAGGCGAGUGAGCUCGGUUUCUACAUGGCACCAGACAGAAUUAAUGCCAUGGCGGUUUUUGCUGUCUCUUCCGUCGCGAAUCUGGAGGAACGCAAUUUUGAUGAUUAUCGGUGUAUUCUUGGCUGCAAUGACCGUACUGUUCGUAUGCUGCGGAGUCAUAAAUCCAUAGAUGACAUUCGUUGUGAGGCUCCCGUGACGUCUUUAGGUGUCAGUGAUGGGACGCGCAGGGUGUACUACGGGACAAGCGCAGGGUCGUUGGGUUGUCUGGAUAUUGGGAGCGGCGACUCUUUCCUCUCACGGGUUUUUAGUUUUGUUCCCGAUGACCACCAGGCAGCCGUAACCGCCCUUGCUGUGUAUGAUAUCAACAUGGACGAGAGAGAGGAGCUGCUGGUGGGUCGUCAGGACGGCUCGGUGCAGAUUUUUUACGUUUAUGCGGAGGAGGGGGCUGAUAGCGGUCAUCCCGUUUGCAUGUGGUCGGGGAACACGGAUGAGAGCGUCCUGUCCAUGGCUGCUGGCUUCAUUACAGAUUCUCGCCGCCCAGGCGUGCUGGUACAUUCCUUCAGUGGCAGGAUCACAACCUUCACACUAAAGGAAGAGGAGCAUGCUGCACCGAAGGAGAUGGAGGCUGUCGACGCCGUGUUAGAGUGCACAGAUGCCCAAAUCAACGAAGCCCGCGAGGAAAUUGAAGGCCUUAAGCGGUCAAUUGAGGCCAGAACGCGGGAGCUGGCGGCAUACAGAGGGGUGAAGAAAGGCGACACACCAUUGCUUGCCGUUUCUUCCACCUUCAAGACCAGGGUGACGCUAUCGCAACAAAAAGACAGCCCUGCACUGCGACUUAUAGUAGAGGUUGAUACUCCGCUGGACUGCGUGGUGCUCCAGAGUGAGUUGCAUCUGCAUUUUUUAGAGGAGUCUGCGGAGGUAAUUGUGCAAGAGGAAAUACCGCGGAAUAAUCCCUUGACUAAAACAAUUGCCAUUGUGCAUCCCUUAGAGACACGGAAUUACAGCUGCUCCGUUGCAUUUUGGGUGGAGGAUGGGCAGUGGGGACUGCUGAAGGUCACUGCAUUGGCUGCUCCUGCCCCCCGCACCGCACAGGUGAAGAUGGUGCAGUUACGACCACUGCCACUCUACGCUCGCGUGGGAAGAGUCGAUAAGGCAGUGACGGAAGGAAAUGCGUCCCCCGUGCUUUCUACAAUGGAGGUGCGGGGAAAUUUUAGCGCCAGAGACAUGCAUAGCUGGAUAUUCAGAUUGCUGCCCGGAACCCCUGAGAUGUACCAAGAAAAAAUGUCUACUUUGAGCUACGAGGACACAUUUUUCCAAAACCCUCUUGAGGUUAAGUACGGCGAUGGAAGCGCAUUGUUCACCACCGAAUUGUUGCAGGUUUUGAUGGUGACGGAACGGUUUAUUCGUUACUGCGCCUCCGAACGCUCGCUAGAGGUGAGCUUCUCUGUGGGAAUUCAUAGCGAGGCGGUGCGCUCUAACCUUUCUCGCAUUGUCCCACGCAUAGCGGCGUGCAACAAGGGAUUGACAAGCUUCCGUCUCCUUGAGGCCCUUCAGGAGCUGCAGGGUGGGCAACAAACGGAUAUGGUCUGUUUUCCCAAGGAGUACCAGCGGAUACUCAGCCAGGCGGAUGAGACGAAAAAAGAGCAUGCACAGGCAAUGGUCACAAGGGGGUAUUUGCAGAAGGCGUUUGUGUCCCUCUGCAGCAGCGUGGUGGACAUCGUGCCGAAGAAGCCCAAGAUGAGUCUUGUUACAAAAGAGGCCUUGGCUGCUCUGACCGACUGCAGUGACGCCUCGGAGAUGAUGUCACGGCUAGAUAGCCUCUUGCUUUGUGAUGAGGGGGGGGAGGGCCUGAAAAGUACAGUUGACGAGGGAGGGGGGGAUGACACACAUAACGUGAGGGAUAGAGAUGGGGGGAGAGAAUGA